AUGAUAACUCACGUCGUUUGUUUUCCGAAGCCGAUUGGUUUGACGCCGGAGUUGGCAGUCAAAACAUGGAAUCUGCGUUUUUUCUCUCAAGAAGAACAUGGCUUUCGAUUUCCGCGGCGGUUGACACGAGGAGGAAGGAUUUUCAUGUGUUCUGAUUCGAGCUCUCACUCGUCGAAUGUUCCUGUUCUAUCUAGCUAUGAGGUUGUUGGGAGGCUAAGACUAGCUAGAGAAGGAAAAGCUUUCUUGGCCAUGUACUCGAGUGUUGUUGGUGGAAUAACAACAGAUCCAGCAGCAAUGGUUCUUCCAUUGGAUGAUCAUAUGGUACACCGUGGUCAUGGAGUCUUCGACACUGCUAUGAUCGUUAAUGGAUACCUUUACGAAUUGGAUCAGCACCUUGACCGUAUCCUACGUUCUGCGUCAAUGGCUAAGAUUCCACUUCCAUUCGACCGGGAAAAAAUCAGAAGGAUUCUCAUCCAAACCGUGAGCGUUUCCGGGUGUAGAAAUGGAUCUCUAAGAUACUGGCUCUCUGCAGGCCCAGGGGAUUUCCUCCUAUCUCCAUCUCAGUGUCUUGGACCAGCACUCUACGCUAUUGUUUUUAAAAAGAUCCCGACCAUUGAGUCAACAGGUGUCAAGGUAGUGACCUCGUCCAUCCCCAUAAAGCCUCCAGAGUUUGCCACGGUGAAAAGUGUUAACUACCUCCCAAACGCGCUCUCACAAUUGGAGGCUGAGGCCAAGGGAGCUUUUGCCGGUAUUUGGGUGGAUGACAAUGGGUUUAUCGCAGAAGGUCCGAACAUGAAUGUGGCGUUUGUUGUUAAUGGUGGUAAGGAGCUUGUAAUGCCGCGGUUUGAUAACAUUUUGAGCGGAUGUACGGCAAAGAGAACUAUUACACUCGCUGAAAAGCUUGUUAGCAAGGGGAUGCUUAAAAGUGUGAAAGUUAUGGAUGUGACAGUUGAAGAUGGAAAGAAAGCGGAUGAGAUGAUGCUUCUUGGGAGUGGAGUUCUUAUCCAACCUGUGAUUCAAUGGGAUGAAGAACUAAUUGGUGAUGGAAAAGAAGCGCCUAUAGCCAAGGCGCUAUUGGAACUGUUGCUGGAAGACAUGAGCUCUGGUCCACCUUCUGUUCGUGUGCUUGAGCCUUUGGGAUUGUUGGGUCUAAUGAAGAUUCGGGUGAAGCAAGCUACGAUCGUGAAACCAGCUGAAGAAACACCCAAUCACAGUCUAUGGCUUUCGAAUUUGGACCUGAUACAAGUGAGAUUCCACAUGGGUAUUCUCUACUUUUACAAUCCUUGUUCCUCUUCCAAUCUUCCCAACAUUCAAUCCCUCAUUGAAGCUCUGAGCAAGGUUCUUGUGCUCUUCUAUCCUGCAGCUGGUAGGCUCCAAAAGGAUAAGAAUGGGAGGUUGGAGGUUCGAUGCAAUGGAGAAGGAGUUUUGCUUGUGGAAGCUGAGACUGAUUCUACUAUACAAGACAUUGGCUUACUCGCUCAAAGGUUGGAUCUCUCACAACUUGUACCUACUCUUGACUAUUCACAAGACAUCUCCACUAUACCUCUUCUUCUGUUUCAGGUUACAUAUUUCAAAUGUGGGACAAUCUGUAUAGGGAAUACGAUACACCAUACAUUCGGGGCAGCGGCUUCUCUCGUGUAUUUCAUGGAAGCUUGGUCUAGAACUGCUCGGGGACUUCCAGUGAAGCUAGAACCGUUCUUCGACCGCACUAUACUUCGUGCACGGGACCCUCCCUCCCCUGUCUUUCCUCACACUGAAUACCAACCACCCCCUUUUCACAACCCUCCCGUAGAAUCACUUGUUUACAGAUCAAAUCCUGAAUCUGAUUCUGCAGUUGCCAGUCUCAAGCUCACACGUCUCCAACUCAAAGCUCUUAGAGCUAAGGCAAAGAUUGCUGAUAGUAGUAAGUUCAGUACAUAUGAAGUUCUGGUGGCGCAUAUCUGGCGUUGUGCUUGCUUUGCAAAUGAAGAUUUAACUGAAGAACACUCGACAAGGUUGCAUAUUAUAGUUGAUGGGAGGUCAAGACUACGACCAACGCUUCCACAAGGAUACAUUGGGAACACUCUCUUUCACGCUCGCCCGAUAUCACUGUUGGGUGAUUUUCGUAGAGAGCGUUUCAGUACAACAGUGAAGAGAGUUCAUAGAGAAAUAAGGAAAAUGGACAACGAGUACUUGAGAUCAGCGAUUGACUACUUGGAGAAACAUCCUGAUCUCGAUCAAUUGGUUCCUGGUGAAGGUAAUCCAAUCUUCAGCUGCGCGGCAAACAUGUGCAUCGUUAGUAUACCAAGGAAGAACGCUUUCGAAUUGGAUUUUGGAUGGGGAAGUCCCUUUUACAAGAGAGCUUCACAUUUGAAUGAAGGAAAGGGCUUUGUAGAUACGAGCUUAGACGAAGAAGGAAGCUUUCUGGUGUUCAUGUGCUUAAAGAAGAGACAACUUGGUAAGUUUCAGAAGCUCUUCUACGAGUUUCUCAAUGUGUCCGCAUUGUGA